AUGGCGUUCGCGGAGUCCGUCCAAGGGCUACCGAAAAAAUCGAAAGCAAAGAAGAAAAUUCAAGAUAGUUUCGAGUUAUACUCGGAGUUAUUAAUCCAAAGAGUAUUCAGAGAGGAGGAGUGCAAACCGCUCGCGGAAAUGGAUCCAGAGUUGCAUAAGUUGAAAACUGAAAUUGAAGAUCCCGAUAACGCUUGGUUUGCGUUGAAACAAGAAAUCCCGACGGAUUGGUCCAAGCUGAAUUUAGAAGAAUUACUCAUCCAAGCAGACUAUGCGAUGAAACGGGCAUCUUUCGACAUCCCGGGUUGGGUCUGGAAAGAAUGCGGAGCGGAGCCGAAGUCCAUCGCCGCGGCUGAAGCAAAACGCGUAAGCUCUACGAAAACGUGCAUUGAUUGCGUCGAGCGAUGCGUAAAGUACUUUUUAUCGAUGUCAUUUGACAACAACAAGAAGAGCACCACAAGCACGAGCAGCGGUAAGGGUAUGCCGUUGAAUAAAGAUGAUGCGAGAGGCUUAUCGGAAAUAUUGGGUAAGAUCACUGAGAUUACGACUUUACGUCGCGCCGCGGGAUGCGUUUUGCAAUGUCCGCCAGAUUUACAGAGUUACAUCGCUCGUUUAGUAUUUUUCAAAUACGCGUUCAGGAAGCACAUGCGUCGACUAAUCUCGUCCGUAGAAGCGACUAACACGGACGAACAUUCUGCGGAAGGAAAAAAAAGCAAAAGCGCUUUAAAAGAACAACGCAGAGAUCGGGGGAUAACAGCCAUGCACGAUGCUGCCGUAUUGUGUCGAAAUUAUCGCGGCGACAUCAUUCACUUUUUAGCAGACUCUAUGGGAGCUCAUUCGGGCCAAAAAAUAGGGAAUAACACCGAUGCAAAUACAGUAUUUCCUUCGUCAAAGUUCCUCGUGGAUUUAUUGCCGAAUGUUUUAGAAGAAGACGACGAAAUAUUUGAAGCCGCAUUGGGUUUGGGUGACUUUGACGACGAAUGGGAAAAGCAAGCGUCACGCGUGCUCGGAUUGAAGUUAAUAUCGACUAAGAACGUCGGCAUAAACGCGAGCGCUGGUCCUGACCUCGUGCGACGUCCAAUGUUGCAACGCUGGAAUUUUGAGAGGCAAUCCUUUGAAGACGUUCCGUCGAAUUUUAGUAAAGAAGUGGAGAUCAACUUGUCUUCCCUCCGUAUCAACGAAGAUAAAAAAGUCGGUAGCAGUGCUGGCGAUGGUGCCGACGACGGCGACGAUGACGACGACGACGAUUCACCAGCCAAUGAUCCAGACAUGAAAAUUGACGAGUCAAAGUAUUACAAAGAAGAACAGCUCGAAGUGCCAAGAGAAGAACAAGAAGGAUAUAAGAAGAGAGCCGCCGCCGAGGCGGGGAAAAAUAGAAUAGAUGUAGGAGACGAGAACGAUACAGCUAGCGGUACCAUCGGUGAAGUUCGCGCUUAUUUCGACUAUUUACGCGUCUUGCGCCGGUACAUUUCCGUUCUCAGAGGCAAGAGAACAACCAUUGGUCGUAAUAAAGCAGACACUCUGAUGCGAUGCUCUGGAAACACGCCGGCUCCAACGCUUCUACUCGCAAAGUUGCCAGAAGGCAUGAUCAGAGCUAUAGACCCAUCGUCCGCAUCUAUGGAGCUCGCCGCGAUUUCCGAAGAAAAAUUUGAAUCCAUCUUCAUAGCUUGGGUAUCUGCGAAGAAGUUCCUAACUACGGCGCAUUUAAAUCCUGAAAAAGCGGCGAACGACGAUUUGUUCUUCUUCGAUGGUAAUACCAACGUCGAAGGUGCAAAAGAGCUUCGUGAGAUGAUGGAAGCUGCACCUCCUCUCUCGACAGAAGCUACCGGUGCCAAGAAACAAUUCAUGGAAAGAACAGAAACCGACGCACUCGAAGAAAUGGAUCAAGAUCUGGAGAAGGAAGUCAUGGCUUUCCUGGACGAGAUGAAACCACCCGAUGCGGAUCACGACGACGACGAGGAAGGAGAAGAAGUAGAAGAAGAAGAGGACGAAUGA